AUGACCAAGCAGCUGACUCCACCAGGCUACGUAGCCUUGAUGCUUGCUAUCGAGGCCAUGAUACAGGAGGCCCUCAAGCGGGACGAUCACUAUGUCCCUUUUGGAAAUAAUCUCAUCCUGCCCGUCACAGGCGAUCUGUUGCAUCUGGAUGCUCGUCUGACUCCCGGAGGCGACUUGCUGUUGCAAAUGUACCAACAGGAGACCGAGUGGGAGAUGUUUGGCAAGCGAAAGAGGGAUGUGGCCAAUGAGAUUGUGGGUACCAAGGUUGUGGUGGCUCCCACGCUGGUGGAGGGAGUGGUUGAGAAUUCCACCAACCAGAUCCCGGACAACUUGCCGGUGCUUCUGGAGAUGUUGGACUGCCUCUGCAGCGUGCGUCUCCGAGCAAAGAAGCAGUGGACUGCUGUGCGAAUUGAUACAGAGGUGUUACUCUGGCCAACAGAACUGUUUCUACAGCUGCUCAGCCACAACCGGCACAGAACGGUACCAAUAGCAUGGCACCAGCUGCUGGUACUACGAAUGCUACCACCCAAAGGAACGAGGAGAACAAACAGAUUUAUCCUACUCCUCCCGAGGCUCCUAAACGGGUGGAUGAGGCAACAGAUUUUGCCUGGGAUACUCCUGGAGCGAGCAACGGCGCCAGCGGGGGGCUGGGGAGAGCUGGACGAAGAGCUUUUCGGAGGAGACGAGGUCACUGAAGCAGAUUUUAACUUCUUCGACGAUAUGGGUGGAGACAAGAAUGACACUGAUGGAGACAACGACAAUGGUAACGAUAAUGACAAUGACAAGGCUGAUGCGAUGGAUGUGGAUGUGAAGGAGGAAGCGAAGAAAGAGGAGAUGAUAAAAAAGGAAACAAAGGAGGAGGUGCCCGUGAAGGAAGAGGUCCAAGAGGAAGAGCCAGACGAGUCAGCAACAACGGCAGCAUUACUAACAAACAAUCCAGCUGAAGAAAAGGCUGUAGUUCACGGCGUUAACGACUCUUCCACAGUCAACGGAGCAGUUGAUGCUGCUGUCAGUGCGACUGUGGUCUCAUCUGUACCUUAUCUUCCUUCUGACUUUGACCAGCUGAUUGUCAACCCCGCUGAGCAACGGACUUUUGCUCUGGUGGAGUUCAAUCGGGAGGCGGAGCAGCGUCUGAACGACAAGUAUGCUGCCGGAGGACGAUUCUUUGUGCCUGACGACAGCAGUAGUGACAAUGAGGGAUCGUCUGACAACACUGGCGACUCUUCUGACAGCGGAGAUGGCAGCGAAAGUGUGCCACGGGAUGUGAAGCGCCAAAAGGUCGAUGAAGGGACACUUUCUGACCAGACUGACGAGCCAGAGAUCGACGCCAAGCAGCUUCACCAACAGUGGAGUGCGAUUCUCAACUACAAUCACGACGACAAGCCUGCCAAGAAGAUUGACUCCAGCAACGAUACCACCAACAGCGACGGUAACAGCAACAACAGCAACUACGAAGAGGCUGUUCAGCGAUUGGCAGAGCAGGUGGUUUGGGAUAACUCAUGCUACAAGGGUCUAGUUCCCCAAGAGAACUACUACCGACCACCCUCAGCACGCUUCGUCAAGGUCGUUGAACAGGUGUUUGGAGAUACCAGCAAACGUCUUUCGUUGAUUGAUUUUGCCAAGAUGAGCGACAAGGGCGGACAGCAGCAGCCAGGAGUUGGGAUGCCCAUCAACGCUGCCGCAGGAACCGCUGGGGGAGGACCAGGAACACCGGUCACUGUUUCUAACGCCUCCGGUGUUCCCUCUGGAUCUUCUGGCGCUCAAGCUAGUCAGAUGGGCGCUUUAGCGGUGGGAUCCGCUCUUUCUCCUUCAAGAGGAGCGACUCCUCAACCCGAGGGCUCUUCUCCUGAAACCAGACCUUCCAACUGGACUCCUGGAAUCACCUCUCAGGUAAAUUCCGCUGCAUCUUCCCCAGUUCCGCUGCAACAGCAUCAACAACAACAGCAAUCCUUCAGUCCCAUGUCUCCACAAACUCCAGCUCAGGCUCCUGUUCCGUCAGCCAAUUCGUUUGCCAACGCAGCGAACGCCGCACCCACACAGCGUCUAGCAACUCCUAUGUAUUCUUUCAUGCGAGGAGGCAGCUUGAUCAAGGCUCAACCUCCAAUUCUGCGGUUUUGGAGCACUUUCGGCCUCUCUCCUAGAAAUGGGCCCAAGCCUCUGACACUGACACUUAUUUAUCCCAGUGGAACUGCCAUUGGAGACGCAGCGGCAGCCUUUCUGAUCAGUUUCAAAAUGUGCUAUGAGGGGUGUGGAUUCGGUCUAGUCACUUUGGGGGGAAGCAACGGCACUGGGGUCGUUUCGUCGGACUACAAGAACUUGGAUGUUUCUCGAGAAGGAGUUCUGCUUGUGUCCAACCCAUACAAUGACGUUUUGGGGUUCUUAAAUCUUGCAAAGGCUGCGGCUGCCGGUUCCAAAACCGCUACCUCUACGUCUACAAUUCUUACAUUGCCCUGUUCCAUUUUUGCCUCUUAUACUGCUCUGAGAGCGCCUUCAGCGAUGCUUCUGGCUGCUCUCUGCAGGAACCUCUAUGACCACCUACCCCCUACGUCUACCAAGCGUCGUUACGGGUCAGUAAUUCAACGGCAGGCUCCUGCUUGUGUGAUUUCCAAGCCCGUGCCUCCGUUCAUCAACUUCAAACUACUGGCCAACACGCCCGACUCGGUCAUCAACGAAGACUCGCUGUUGCAUGUCGCAUAUGCUGCUUCGAACCGGUGGAUUACUUGUGCCUGGUCAGACCAAUGGGGCGAGCUGGCAAAGGUCAAGGUCUUUUGUCUGCAGUCCGAGUCUGGACCUCUGCGGACUCUCGAGGAGGUGUGCACCGAGAUUUGGGAGACUACCCUGCAACUAAACGGUAGCACUGAUGUGCGGUCUGUGGCCGUGGCCAAGCUAGGGGGGAUGCUAGACGACGAGCUGGCGAUGUGGUUGCGGGUUUCCAGUGUCACUCGCGGCCGAAGAAUCACGCCCUUCUUCCUGGUGGUGGACAACAGACCUUCAAUGGUUGUCACAGGCUCCGACGAUGGGUCCAAGGGAGGCAAUGUGGCUGGGGGACCUGCUCCUGCGCCCCCAACGGGUGCUGCAGGAGCUGCAUCUACAGGUUCGGCACCCAUGUCGACACCCUUCAGAGACACAGAUUCUCCGGACAUUUACAACCACGUGACUACCCCGUCUGUGGGCGAGGACAAGAUUGAUUACGACGACAUGUCAAUUGUGGAUGUUCAUGACGAGAUCCACUCGGUGACGCUCAACCACAGACAGCCUCUCACGAUGCACAGCACCCGACUAGGUCUCGCCACGGGCUACCUUGUUAAGACGUCACCUCUGAAUCCCAACCAGCUGUUGGUUUUCUCGCUGACGUUUGUGAACUGUCCCUGCGUGGUCAUGCAUGUGGCGAUGAAGCAUUUCCUGCGCCAGUACCGCAAUUUGAUUUCUCUGGCUGCUACCACAGGUGUGUGUGAUCCUGAGUACGCUAUUGUUCCAUGGCAUGUGGAGGCCGUCGAUAAGAUGAUGCGGUUGGUCGAGGAGCUGUAG